AUGGGGACUCACGGUCGACGACGCCAUUCCCGUCGCCAACCUCCACCGGCGCUACUUCCGCCGCAGACCUCCACCGGCUCUACUUCCGCUGCUGUACACGCGAUUCUCGUCCCCGCCGGCCAAUCCACAGCGGCUCUGUCCCCUGCGACGCCGACGAAGGGUCCCCACUACCGACUUCUGACUUCUCCGUUAUCCGCCGCUCCUGCGCCACCGAUAAGUAAGACUCCCGUCACAGAGCCGUCACCGACGUCUACGAUCCAUGACCACCGCGUCUUCCUUCAUCAACCCGACAUCCGCCACCCAUGA